AUGACUCGGACAGGUGCAAGUGAUGACGAAUCAUUAAGUCAAGCAUUAUAUGACGCUUUACGACUUGGUAUGAGUAAUUUCUUGGUAGUUUAUAAUACACGUGCAGGGAUUGCAGUCUUAUUACGAAUCUUUCAAUUACUGCAACGACACGAGUGGAAAGCAGCAAUGGAUGUACGACAAGUGUUGGAUGAAAAGCAAUUACACUUUCGAGUAGAUGCCGUUCGACUUGGUCUGUUCGUGGGUUCAUUUACAGGAGGUUAUCGAGGGUUUAAAGCGCUUUUACCCAUGAUUUUACGACGAGUUUUACCAAAGAAACAACUUGAGGAUGGUCAAAAGGUUAAAGAUAUUGCAGUGCUUGGAUCAGGAGCCAUUGCAGCUAUCGCACUGGCGUUUGUUGAUACGAAACGACGUCGAUCAAUGGCGUUAUAUGCUUUAACUAGAGCAUUGCAAUGUGGCUAUAAUACGGCCAAGAGACAACAACGGUGGCACUUUUGGGGAAGUAAGUGGCAGUACGGGGAUGUGCUGCUUUUUGCCCUAUCAAGUGCUCAAGUCAUGUACGCUUAUGUUAUGAGACCACAGACAUUACCAUCCGAGUAUCGGAGAUUUAUUCAACGUACAGGACCAGUAGAGAAGGAAGCACUGGAGCUUGUACAGCAAGUAAAUCGAGGAGUUCCUAUUAGUACAACUACUCUUCAAAAGCUGUUGAAUCGAAAGCCGGAUAUUUCCAGAAACUUUUCGUUACCAAUGAAGAUCAUUCCAUGCAGACUUGUGCAUGCAAAUGCAGACUCGUGUGUAGUGGGCAUGGUGCUGACUUUCAAACGUGCUUUCCAAAAGACUUUCCCGCUCUACCUGUCACUCUUCAUCGUGCCAGGUGUAGUUAUCCACUUCAAACGCUUCCUGCGUGCUCCAUGCCGAAUUCUUGCGCGUUCGACAUUUAACGCGACGCGAUCUAAUUGCUUCCUAGCAUCCUUUGUGUCUGUCUAUUUGUCACUGAUAUGCUUGCACCGCCGCGUCGUUAGUAAAGAUCAUCGCUUUAUCUACUAUAUGGCCGGACUUGGAGCGUCGACGACAAUUCUGCUGGAACCAAAAAGCCGGCGCUCUGAAUUGGCUUUGUAUGUAUUGCCUCGUGCUCUUGACAGCUUGGCAAUGAUCCUGCACGACCGUGGCAUCUGCUCAGGUUUUAUAUAUGGCGAAGUGGCUCUCUUUUCUGUCUCAAUGUCGGUGAUGAUGUACUGUUACGAGCACGACAGGGAGUCCAUGAGCCCCCUCCUAUACAGCACCAUGAAGCGCUUUUUGCAGACGUCGACCAAUAAGAAGCAUUUGUAUAUAGCCUCUCUUGAGAAUAAAGAGCGACGCCGAUCGCAGUCAAUUGCGCAGACUUUGACAGCGUCCGGAUCGGCAUGA